AAGGCACCCUACUAUGAUGGUCUGACUUUUUACUUUGUGAAGCUCUCAGUCUUUUCCAUUGCUUCUAGCCCUUUCGCUUACUUGUUACUAUUUAAUAUUUUUUAUAGAAAUAAAGGAGCAGUAAGAUCCAAAAUUGACCACGGUCAUUUUUUAAAAAAUGCCAAAAAAUCGAAAUCUAGAAAAAGAGGAUCUGACUCCGAAUAAUUGUUUUUACUUGUGACUCGGAUGAUCUUACUAGGCUGCCGAAAAAGGUAUCCAUGAUCUUUUUGCUGAGUAUGCACACAUAUUGGUCACAUUACCCCUAUGCGUGUUCCUCUAAAAACUUUCUUCUUGUUUUUCAUCCCUUGGUGUGUCUUUUUUAAAAAAGGAGAAUAAAUGCGACCGUUCCAAAAUGAAAAACAGCUAUGCAGGCAGAUAAGACAGGAUACCAGAAGCAUUAGCGCGUUAAGCGUAC